AUGGAUCCACCCCUUACCCGCGCAGACAGAGCAUCGCUCACGCACCCCGCCCCACUGACCCCAGGCAUCCUAUCCUUCACAACGCAGCACCAUCUCCCCGCCCUCUACACACUGCCACCGCCCACCAUACUCCUCCCGCCUUCGGCCCAAAACACCCUGCUGAACAGCACGCCCACUGCCGCUGCACACCUCAUCCGCAGCCUGCCCCCAACCUGGACCCACCUCGCCAUGCCACUCCAGCACAAAGCCGAUCGCAGAUGGAGCGUGCUGCUCAUCCACCGCCAGCCCAACACACACACCUUCUUGGGCAUGCUCUACGACACGCGCAUCGCCUUCAUGCACCCGGAGACCGGCCAGCAGUGCGAAACGGGCUGGAAUUCGUCGCUGGCUGCCGCCGUCAGCCGGCGCAUACUUAGGCACGCAGAUGGCAACAAAGGCCAGACCAUCGACUAUAACAUCUGCUCCGGUGUGCCGCAGGUUCAUGCGUCAGAGAGUGGCGUUGUGGCUUGUGUUGUGUUGCGCGGCAUCGCCGAGACACUCAGCACAGCGCCUAGACAGGGGGAUUUGGAUUCGGCCCUCUUUGUGUUUGACGAGCAGUUUGUGAAGAGUAGGUUGGUAGAGGAGAGGGACAAGUUGAAGAGAGCUGUUCACGAGGUUGCGAGCGAAUCGUUGCUUGUGCUUGUGCUGUGUGCUGCGGGCGUAGCAGUCGGGGUUGGGGCGCUGCCUGUGCUGCAGACGCUGCUUUGGGGGUGGUAA